AUGCCUCCAAACUCUGGCAAUGAGAAAGGAGAGUUGACAGGCUCCGGCGGCUCGAGCAUGAGAUACCGCGGCGUCAGACGCCGGCCUUGGGGCCGUUACGCGGCGGAGAUUCGUGACCCUUUGUCGAAGGAGAGGCGGUGGCUCGGGACGUUCGACACGGCGGAAGAAGCCGCCUGCGCCUACGACUGCGCGGCUCGAGCCAUGCGCGGCAUCAAGGCUCGGACCAACUUCGUCUACCCGAUCCUCCCUCCUCCUCCACCGCCCCCGCCACUGGAGCCUCUUCGCCACCGUAUGUUUUUGCCUCCGCCGUCUCCGGCGAACAUGUUUCUUCUAGGCGACGUUAUAACGUCGUCGCAGUCUCUUUGUCGUGUCUCUAACCUCCAAAACGACGUCGUAAACGUUGUGCAUGGGACUUUAACGGGUACAGUUGCCAAAUCAGAAGAUGAUCUUACACAUAAAGCGAAGAAGAUGAACACCGAAAACGACAAGAACUCCGUAACGCCGUUCUUCGAACCGGAACCACUCGGGUCCGGUCUUCUUGAAGAGAUCGUUCAAGGGUUUUUGCCGAAACCUAGCUCGGAAGAAGCAUCGGUUCCUCCAUUGCCAAAGACUUCUCUUGGUCAUAAUAACCAGCCGUCGAUGGUUGAUGUGUUUCCGUCGCCGGAGAGUAGUUUUCCGGCGAAUAUAUGUUCCUUGAAUGGCGGGAAAUGGGAAAAUGCUGAAGAAAAUGAUGGCUUUCCGGGGAAUCAUCAUCAGAGCGUGGAUUGUGUUCAACGUGGAGAAUUUGGUUGGGUCGACAGUGGGAUUGCGGCUACUCUCGACCGUAAUGGCUGUGUUGGGAUGUGUUGGAAUCAUUAUCCGUACUGCUUUCAUGAUUAUUAGCUCGUUAUCUUAUUAGUAUUAUGAAGUUUAUCCCGCUAAGCAAUUUGCUGCUACAUUUUAGGGUUUUGAGGAAUGA